AUGGCAGUCAUGGAGGCUAAGACUGCAGCUUUUGCUCGUAUGUAUGAGGAACUGGGGAACAAAGGCAGGGAGAAGAAGUUAUUCCGACUGGCUAAGGUGAGAGAGAGGACGGCUUGGGAUCUGGACCAAGUGAGGUGCAUAAAAGAUGAUGACGACAAAGUUUUGAUGGGGGAUGACCAGAUUAAGAGGAGGGACAUUGAGGUCGAUGAGGUCAUGGAGGCGAUGCGUAAGAUGAGAAGGGGCAGAGCUACCGGGCCAAACGAAAUUCCGAUUGAACUUUGGAGGUGUGUGGGUAGAGCAGGCUUGGAAUGGCUUAUUGGGUUAUUUAAUAUUAUAUUCAAGACUAAUAGGAUGCCUGAAGAGUGGAGGUGGAGUACAAUGGUUCCGUUGUAUAAGAACAAAGGCGAUAUCCAGAGCUAUAACAACUAUAGGGACAACCAGUUCGGGUUCAUGCCGGGGCGAUCUACCACAAAAGCUAUCCACCUUAUUAGGAGGAUGAUGGAACAUUACAGGGAUAGGAAGAAGGAUCUCCACAUGGUGUUUAUUGAUAUGUAG